UUUUAUGGGCUAUUUAGCACAGACAGCCUUAAAACGUGAACUCGGUUGGUCGGUGUCAAGACACUCCAUUAACGCGUGUUUUCAUCAGAAUAAUACGGUUUAAUCUGUGGAUACCGUGAAGCGGCGUGGUUCGUUGCUCCACACUGUUUUUCCGCAAACUGGUACAGAGCUUAGUGGGAGUGGUUUAGGUGUUGUUAAAAAGGUUCUCUCCUGAUGAGGAUGUAUCAGUCCCCUGGCCAAGUUCUCAGUUCUUGAUAAAUCAGCUGAUUGAAAGCAGGCUCCUGUGGAUCCCAGCCAUGGAUGAAGAGUUCACGCCUUUGGAGUGCCUGCUGCCCUCAGGCACACAGAGGAUCUGUCUAAUCAUUCUGAACCAGCCUCUGGACAAGGACUACCUACAUAUCCUCUGGAGUAAAGCUCUCCUAAGGGCAUGUGCUGAUGGAGGUGCCAAUCAUCUGUAUGAGAUCACUGCUGGAGAUGACAAGUUUCUCCCUGACUAUAUCACUGGGGAUUUUGAUUCCAUCGAUGCCGAGGUCAAAGCUUUCUAUGCAGCCAAGGGGUGUAAGGUGAUAGAAACAGCUGACCAGGAUCUGACAGACUUUACCAAGUGUCUUGAAGUCAUGCUGAAGGAGAUUGAGAAAAAGGAGUUGCAGGUGGAUGCCAUAGUGACUCUGGGUGGCCUGGCAGGCAGAUUUGACCAGACCAUGGCAUCUAUUGAGACACUCCAUCACGCUUUGUCCAUGACGCAACUGCCCCUGCUGAUCAUACAGGGAACUAGCCUGGCAUUUCUCCUCAGAUCUCAGGGCAGCCACAGACUGAGGGUGAACACAGGCUUGGAGGGAGACUGGUGCGGUCUCAUUCCAGUGGGUGGACCGUGCCAAACAAUCACCACUGGACUCAAAUGGAAUUUGAAUAACCAGGUCCUGCAGUUUGGAGAGCUGGUGAGCACCUCCAACACCUAUGAGCCUGGACAGCCCAGGAAGACUGUGACUGUGACUACUAACCAGCCACUACUUUGGACCAUGGGUAUAGACAAAAGGAAUAGGGAAGCUUCUGACAAAUCAACACCUGUAACUACUUAACUACAGUUAAGCUAGGACAAAGUGACUAGUUUUGUACAGCAUGCAGUACCAAAUGAAAAAGUUGCAGCCAUUUUUUUCUUAUAUUUUAUAUUGAGCAUGCAGCAUAUUUGUAUUCAUUUCUCCGAUUGUGUUGCUGUGGAGUACUUGGCAGGAUUUGCCUCAGUACCUGCAUUUCAAAUGUGCCACCUCUCUGACUCUAUGCCCCAGCACGGCCACUCUGUCCAAAUUUUCUAGCUAUGCCCCCCUUUGUGUGAUGUGCGUUGGAACACUGGAAACUUCAGAAACUGGCCAAAAGAGCUGAUGGCUAUGUAUUUUAAGAUUUUAUGCCAGCUGCUCAUUGUCAAGAAUAUUUAUCAUUGUAUUAUGUUCUUGUAACAGAUGGGCACCUUUUAUAAUCAGAAUCUGAGUCUUAUGUCAUACUAUCUGGUUUCUUAUGAUGCCUAGGUAAAAACUAACAUGAUGGAAUAUUGAAUACACAUCACCAUCUCCACAUGUGUGUAAAGCACUUUGAAUUGCCUCUAUGUACACGAUGAAAUGUGCUUUAUAAAGCUGUUGUGCCUUGUUCCUAUUAAAGGCAAGAACUAAACUUGUAUGCAGACUAUAGUGAUAAGGAUAUCUCAAUAAACAUGACAUAUCAGCC